UUGUCACUCAUCUAUUCGUAGACUACAUAGAAAACAUGCCUCCAAAAACUUCAGGAAAAGCUGCCAAAAAAGCCGGUAAGGCUAAGGCCGUCAGAACUGGCGACAAGAAGAGAAGACGUAAGCGAAAGGAGAGCUACAGCAUCUACAUCUACAAGGUGUUGAAGCAAGUUCACCCAGACACUGGUAUCUCCAGCAGAGCCAUGGGAAUCAUGAACAGCUUCGUCAACGAUAUCUUCGAACGUAUUGCCGGUGAAGCAUCUCGUCUUGCUCACUACAACAAGAAAUCCACCAUCACCAGCAGGGAAGUCCAAACUGCCGUUCGUCUUUUGCUGCCCGGUGAAUUGGCUAAACAUGCCGUCUCUGAAGGCACCAAGGCUGUCACCAAGUACACCAGCUCCAAGUAAACAUCUUGGCGCAAUUUCAAACCAAACGGCUCUUUUCAGAGCCACCAAUAGUUCAAAAGAGAUUUGUGUGCAAUGUACGUAAUAUGUGCGUGUUUUUUUAUUUAGUCUAAAUAUUGUAUUCUGAACAUAAUAUAGCAUAAAUUCAUCAUUUACGUGUGUUAAAAGGCUACCUGACAUUUUGCGUCAUGGGAAACAAUAUAUUCAUCAAAAAAACUUCAAACAAGGAGAUGAUAGAACAUACAAAACAUAUUAA